AUUGACAAUCUCAGUACGUGGCUCCAUGGCCAGUACUUGAUAAAGGUCAUUGCAUCACGUCUAGGAAUGUACCUCUAGCAGUUUGUGUAGUGCCUCAGUGAAGAACAGUUUAUCAGUGCCUCUAUUUUUAGUCUGUGGCGAAAAAAAGAUUACUUCAAGAUGUUCAAGACUUUGAUGUUCGUGGCUGCGGCCGUAGUGCUGGCAUCGGCCCAUGAUGACGGAGCAGAGAUAAAGCAAGCUAUCGUGAAGUUGGACGGCAGCGGUGUGUCUGGCCUGGUGAAAUUCAUCAAGCUGGAUGACGGCAAGGUCCACGUGACCGGCAAGGUGACUGGUAUGCCUGCAGGCCAGUACGGCUUCCACAUCCACGAGACCGGAGACUUGUCCAACGGCUGCCUGUCCACUGGCGGACACUUCAACCCCAACGGCCACGACCACGGCCAUCCUCAUGAUGAGAUCCGUCACGUCGGAGACCUCGGAAACGUUGAGUUCGACAGCACCAAGACCGCCAACAUCGACUUCAUCGACCCUCAAAUCAAGCUGAACGGUCGCCACAACAUCAUCGGCAGGGCCCUGGUCCUCCACGCCGGUACUGAUGACUACGGCAGGACUGACCACCCUGACUCCAAGAAGACCGGCAACGCUGGUGGCCGUGUCGUCUGCGGAAUUGUCGGAAUUUUGUCUGAGGAACCCCUGAAGGCUAAUUCAGCUGCAGUUUCCACCAGCAGUUUAUUGACAGCUAUAUCUGUUUAUUCUCUGAUUGCUAUUGUAUUACACUAAGUUUUAAUUAAGGAAGAUGGUGAUAACGUUCUACUGUAUUCAUAGUCAAUAGGAAUUACCAUGUGUGUAUUGCAACUGCAGUGUACCUGUUUAGUGCUUUUUGUAUACAAUUUUUUUUUAAACUGACAUGGUCACUAUCACUAAAACUUUGCUCAGUAUGCUGACUUUGAUCUUAACUUAAGCUACCAGUAUUUAAAACCAGUUGUGUUUUGUUUUUAAUGAAGGAGGUACUUAAUUUGUUGGUUAUUUAUUGAGAUUUUGAUUUUUAAUUUUUUCAAUUCAGUUAUACAAAAAUAUGAAGAUUACAUAUCUUAUUACUUAUUCAAAGUGAUAUUUACUUAUUAUUUUUAAGAAUAUUACAAAUAAAUAAAAUUAUUUACAGAA